UAACUACAACAACCGAGCUACCGAGAGAAGUUGUAACAAUUUGCCGUUGGGUUUGUUUGGAAAAAACAACAGCACUAACAACCGCAUUAGUGACAACUGAGGGUAGUGGUUUGCUUGUUGGAAUUUUACUGGGUAUCGCCAUUGGGAUCGUAUCGACAUCAUCUCUUUGUAUUAUUCUCUGGAAAACGAGAUCUAAAUCUUUAAAGGCUACAAAAAGGACAGACAAUGAAACGGGAGCAAAGAUCAAUAUGACAUUUAUUGAGCAGACAAAAAAGAACCAGAUGUACGAAGAUAUAGAGCAUGACGAUUUAAGCGAGAAGAACCAGACGUACGAAGAUUUAAGGGAGAAUGAAGAUUUAAGGGAGAAGAACCAAACGUACGAGGAGUUAAGGGAUAAUGAAGAUAUAAAUGGGAGUGAUGAGAACUUUUAUAUAAAUGUUAAGCCAAAAAAAGAAGAAAUGUAAAGAACGAAAUGUCUCUUGUCUCUAUAAACAAUAGGGGGUGCCAGAUAAGGAAUUCGAGAAAUUCAUUGAAUUUCGAGUAUAACAUUACAUUGAAAUUGCGUUAAGUACCGUCAUAAGACGUCAUAUUGAAUUAAUAUGUUGGAGUUUGAAAAACAUUAUCUUUUCAAAAGUAUUAAAUAUUGAAAUUACUAAUAACACAGACAGUACAAUGAAAGAUCAUGUAGAUAAAACAUUCAAAUUCUCUUUGCUUAUGCUUUGAAUCUAAUAAAAA